CUAUGGAUCGUUUCGGUGCGGUGACGUGGUGGGGAUUCAGUCCUGCAUUACAUCUGCUGGACGAAGGUUUGUUGGAGAAAGCUCGACUGGAAGAGAAAGGAGAAGAUGAAGCGCUCAACAUACUGCUCAUUGGGAUGGGAGACAUUCGACAUAUUAUCAAGACUCUUGCCCUAAGCCACAGACACAGAAAACCUAAGUUGAAGUUCUAUAUCAUUGAAAACAGUUUAGAAGUGAUUGCUAGACACAUGCUGUUACUGGCUGUGGUAUUUGAACAGCCAGACCAACUUGGACUGCAAGAAAAGGCGGAGCUGUUUCUUGAGUUGUAUGGAAACUCUCUGAUUCGUCAGCAGACAUUCGAUUACCUCCGAACAAAAUGUGAUCAAUUUAUCAAGUUUGUGACGGAUCUCGAUUACAUGUCACAGCAAUUUAGCAUUUUAGAUCUGUCUCAACUGAAGUUCAAGGAGAGAGACCUGCUUGAAGGAGUGUUCAAGUUCUGGCGUAAUCAAGACCACAAAACGUUUCCUAUUGUUGAAAUGUGGGAGCAGAGAUUGAGACAUAGUCUUAAAACUCGUUAUGACUCUAGGAUGGGAGUGUUUGACUGGGAUUACAGUAUGAGAUUGCAUGACAAAACGAGCAUUGUUUAUAGUCGAGAGUACAAGAAAUGGAGAGAGACCGGUGUUGCAUUUGCAUUUCGAGAAGGUGGCUAUACUGUCCCAAAUCGAUCACUUGCAUCGGGCCUUCUUAUCAACAAGGGUGGAGAGAAGGUUGCUCAGAGAGGUUACUGGGGAGAUAUGGUGAAUAGUCCAUAUAUUGCACUUGGUAUUGAAUCAGAGAAUGAGGAAUUGGUCAAGAAAGUUAACGACAGACACGUGAAGACGUCUGCUGAAGUGGCACUGUAUAACGUGACAGCAUACAUUCAUGAACUCCUGACCGGAAUGAGAUACACAGCAGGAGAUGUGGUGAAAGAGACAAAAAUGCCUAGUCGACCUAUAAUUGAAGAAUUAGAUGAAGAUGUGAAUGCUUCUGAAGCGUUAUCUUCUGUUGAAGCUACCAGUACUCUUGGGCAGAGUGAAAAGACAAAAUCAAUGUCUGCUACUGAUACAGAAUUUCUCCGCCCAGUUGAUGUCACGGUCACUUUUCUUCCGAUCAAUUCAGCACAAGAACUUCAUCGAAAAGGCAAGUUUCACAAGGCAUUUGACCUUGUUUACUUGUCCAACAGCAUGGUUCAUAACCUUACAGAAGAAUUGCAAGCAAUCUUUGCUCCUGGGGCGUCUGUUGUCAUAGAAACUGUGAAAUUUAUGCUCGAGCUCAAGAAAGAAAUGAGUGAAGAAUACGUAAAGAAGGUGACAGGAAUGGCUCACAAAGCUGGAUGCAAGAUCAUGAAACCUUGUGAUGGUCUAAAGGAUGCUUAUAUGAUUUUCAAGUAUGAACACUGAUACCAUAUACAUACAUAGUACAUACAGUAUAUUGUAUAUUGCACAUAGUAGGUACAAUGUUCUAAAAUGCUUUUCUCAGUUACGAUACAGGUUUUGAAUGAUUUUGAGGAUCUUGCUUGUGCCUAUAAUCCAAACAUGGUUAUCGACAUAUUUGGCCAAUCAACUUGAUAGGCACCAAACAAGUAAGCUGAGUGAUUAGCUUCCAGACUUUGGGCCACUAAACAUCGCAUCACGUGAU